UCUACAAAUGAUGCCACUUCCUGUGUGAUCUAGAUCAUUCAGUCAUGGGGACUCAACUCUACCUAGGUGUGAUAGUUGUGGCUCUUUUUGCAACAACUGUUGCCAAUGCAGGAAUCAAAGUAAACUGUGAAAAAGACUCCAUAAGCAUCACAUGGACGAUCCAUCCGAUGCUGGUGCCAUUUGCAGCUCGUCACUUCCUCGGAAACUGCAUGGCAUCCCGGUUUAAUGUUCUGCCCAGCGGAGAGGGGAAAGCUGAGUUUAACUACAAACUAGCUGACUGCAAUUUUAAAAGACUGGUGAAAGGGAAAAAGCUCCUCUACAAAAAUGAGUUGACUUUCAGGCCCCGACCAAGGUCGAGUCCUGCAUCUUAUGUGUAUCCAAUCGAGUGUGUUUAUCCAAGACCUAAGGGGUGGAUUCCUCCUUUCCUGAACGCGGGGUCAAGUGUUGCCGAAGGCCGAGGAGGUCUGAAGUUCCACAUGCUGCUCCUAAAUGAAAGAAUAACAGCGGUAGCGGAGACAAAUGUCAUCCCCCUGGGCUCCUUCAUGCCAAUAUGGGCAACAGUGGAGCAGAAGUCCCAUCAGCCAUUGCUGCUGCUCAUGGAGGAAUGUGUGGCAGCCACUACGCCUGAGCUGCAGGCUAACAGCAAUGUGUACCCCAUCAUUCGAAAUAAGGGGUGUCUCUUGGACAGUGAGAAGGGAAACUCCAUGUUUCUCCAGCGGUACCACUCCUCUGCAAUCACCCUCUACCUGCAGUCCUUCAAGUUUGGUCUCGGCGAGGAGGUGUACAUUCACUGCAAACUGCUCGCAUGGGAUCCCGAAGUUCUAAGUGAAAGCAAGAAAGCUUGCCACUAUGUAAAGGAAAAUGAGCGAUGGGAACUCCUGGAUGACCCCAUGCAGAGCUCCAUUUGUGACUGCUGUUCUAGGACCUGCAACACCCGCUCAAAGAGAGGAGACGAAUGGGAAUCCAACGGCUUCCGGCACACUUCUGUGUUGGGACCCCUGAUCAUAAUGGAUCCAUUGCAACAAAAUACCCACAAUGCAUCAGAUGUUUCCAUUGCUGACUAAGGAAGUCCAGUCUAGGAUUGGGGAGACUGAACAGAGGGUGGACGACAUCCAUAUGCAGAUUAAAGUUGUCUAUAAUCUCUGUAUAAAUAAAACUGUUAACUCCU